AUGAAUCGAGAUAUAAAUCGGCCAAUAUCACGCCAAGCAUUAGGACGAACAGCUUUUCUUGGUUCACUUUAUGAUGCAACAACAGAUGAAUUUUGUGAACGUGUCAUUGUUAAUGAUGAUAUUCCAGCGGUAGCUAUACGACAUUUAGAUGAAAAUCAUGGUCAUUCUUCCUAUGAAUUUGAUACAGCUGUAUCAAAAAAAUUACGAAAAUUAAAUGUUGAUGUAUCAUUAAGUCUUAGUAUAUUAGGUGGUAUUAUUAAAAGUGCAGGAGCAAGUAGUAGUUAUUUAUAUACACGUGAUAAAACAAGUCAAAAUAUUGAUGCAACAUUUAUUCAUCGAUCCAUAACAAGAACAGAAUCAUUAAAUGUUUCUCAUAAAGAAUUAAAAGCACGUGUAGAACCUACAGCGUUACGACAUAAAAAUGCUACUCAUGUUGUUACAUCUAUUCGAUGGGGUGCUGAUGUUUUUGCUCAAUUCGAAGCAAAAAGUACUACAGCAGAAUCGAAACAUGUUGCAAAAGCUGGUCUUAAACUUGAAUUAAAUAAAUUAUUAAGUAAAUUUGUUUCAGUUAAUCCAAGUAGUUCAACUACUGCAGCAGUAGAGGCUGUAAAACCUACUUCUACGACAACAACAGAUGGAACUACAACUCCUGGGACCGCUACUAUUACUACUCAAGUAAAUGGUUCAACCAAUGGACCUCAAAUAUCGUUUGAAAGUACAUCAACUGCAACAGUAUUUAAUUACAAAAUAACUUUAUUUGGUGAUCUUAUUCCUACAACUUGUCCAAAAACUAUUGAAGAACUUAUUGCAAUGCUUCCAACUAUUACAACUGGCUUACAAAAAACAAAUGGUGGCAAAGGACGUCCACUUGAAUAUAUUAUGUUACCACUAAGUGAACUAGCAGAAAUACUUGGUGAAGAUCUUAGUUCUCAUAAAAUGUUUCGAGCAGUUGAAGAAAGUUUAACACAUGAAAUUCAAGGAUUAUUUGAUGAUUGUGAUCAAUUACGAAUAAUUGUGCAUACAUUACAUACUGCAAUUCAUAAAGUAGAAGAUUUUUUUCUCGAAGAAGAAAUUAAUCAAAUAGAUGCACAUCAACAAGCAAUGACUCGUGUUGAGCGUGAUAUUCGUAGUCGUAUUGGAAAAAUGUUAGUUCGUUUUCGAAGUGGUCAAGCAGAAUCUUCUGAACUCGAUCAAUUACUUGUUGAAUUAGAAACUCAAAUGCGAACACAAAAAAAAGAAAUAAAACAACUUGAACGUAGUGAUAUUAAUGAAAAAAUAAAAUAUAUACAUGAACUUAAAGAAAAAAAUGUUAUUGCCGUUCGAGAACCUGAAACACUUUCAAUAAUACAAAAUAGACAUCCAAAACAUAAAUUAAUUGUAUUAUAUGCUAGUAAUGAACUUCGAAUAAGCUCGAAAGAUAAAUGGAUAACAGUUUAUUAUGAAUUAAUACGUCGAAUUGAAGCAAAUAUAACAUCAGGUGAUCGAAUUUUAUUUUGUUAUUUUGAUUAUGAUUUACAUCCGAAUUUUCAUCCACAACAUAAAAAACUUGAAGUACGAGAAUAUGUUGGUGCUCCAGUUAUUAUUCCAACGACGCGUAUUAAAUCAGCAAUACUUGAACGAGAACAAAGUAUCACUGGAGUUGAUUCGCUAUUUAAAAAUGUGGGUCAUCUUGCUGCAGAAUGUGUUUCUCAAUGGCAACUUGAUGCUAAAGCACGUCUGGAUGAAAUGUUUGCAAAAUCUAAUAGUCGUAUAUUAUUACCGUAUAAUCCAUCGUUGGUAACACGGAAUGAAGUUUUCGAAAAAUUACGACGAAAUCAAAAGAAUAUUCUAUUAAUUGGUCGAUCAUGUAUAGGAAAAUCAACAUUUAAAAAUGUUUUAACUGAUCCAACUUGGAUUGGUGAUGCAUUAAAAUCCUAUUCUCAAACAGAAUUUCCAGUAUUUAGUCAAUAUAGUAUUUCUGGUAUAGAUACUAUUCUAAAUUUUAUUGAUACACCAGGUUUAUUUCAACGGACAGCAACUGCAUCAUCAUUACCAGAUAAUACAACUCUUAUACAAUUAAUUGAUGGUUAUAUUCGUUCAAAAGCAACACAACUUCAUUUUCUUUGUUUUUUUGUAUCAAUGGAAACAAAAGUUAAUAGAGAAGAUUUAAAUGUUGUUCAAACAUUUUUUGAUUUUCUUGGUCCUGAAAUUCGAAAAAAUGCUUGUCUUAUUAUAACAAGAUGUGAAUCAAAAAGUGAACAACAAUUAGAAUCAAUGAAAAAAGACAUUCAAAUUAAUCUUGAUUUUAAAGUACUUUCAUCACAAAUGAAACAAGGAUUAUUUUUUACUGGAUCAAUUAAUCGAGAUGAUUGGAUUGAUACAUCAUCAUCAGUUUAUCAACAAUUUGAAAAUAUUUGUGAAUAUCGAAAUAAACUCUUGGAUCUUUUUAUUAAUGUUGAUGUUAAACCUUUUGAUUUAACAUCAAAUAUUAUUGCUAGAAAGAUUAAAGAAGAAAUUGAUCUUAGAGGAAGAAUGAAACCGAAAUAA